AUGUUUGACUGCGAACUGGCUGCUGAUCGGGUUUCUUAUCAGUUCACGUGUCACAGGUUUAAGCUGCUCAAGUUCGACUGCUUCACACCGGGGCAUCUGAGUAAAGCAGUUGCAAUAAGGAAACGAGAUUUCGAUACCGAAAGCUUAGCAAGUUUUUCCGGAGAACCAGAGGAACGAAAAAGCGAUGAUAAACACAGAAAUGAGCAUUCUGCUGAGUUACGUGGAGCGAAGCGUGGUUUUAGAAGUGAAAGAGACACUCGAGAAGAUUUCCCUAAAGAAAAAAUGGUACAGAAUAAGAGAUUGAAGCAACAAAAGAUAGUUGUUGUUCCACAAUUGGAGCGGAAUGAUCCUGAUGCACACGAUCACUACGAGUCAACAACGGAAGGGCGAGAAGUGUUGACAUUUGACGCCGGCGGUGACGGCGGCGAUGGCGGAGGUGGCAGUGUCGACAAUGGCGAUCUAGGUGCUCGUAAUGUCCUCACUCAUUUGUCAAUUCCUUCAGACAGUAAACAUUACGUCAGUUGA